UUACGGACACGGCGGACGUGUACUUUGGCCAACUGACAGAGGAGCAGAUCCAGAGCUAUGUGGACAGCGGUGAUCCACUAAUUGUACCACACAUGCAGCUCGCAUUCAGAGCGUGAUCGUCAGAGGUGAAGCAACCCAAUUCAAGACAAAUAAAAUGACGCAAAAGCCACAAGCGAAGCAAGAGACUGACAACUGCUAUCAGCUGUGGGGUGGACGUUUCAGCGAGCAGCCGCACGCGGCGCUGCAGGAGCUCAAUAUUAGUCUGCCACACGAUGCACGACUCUAUGCGGUCGACCUGGAUGCCAGCAAGGCGUAUGCGGAGGCAUUGAUGCGUGCGGGUCAUUUGAAUGCCGUUGAGGGCGAUAAGUUGAUCAAGAGUUUGGAGCUAAUACGCUACGAUUGGAUCGAACGUCUCAUCAAGUUCGAGGCGAGCGACGAGGAUGUGCACACGGUUAAUGAACGGCUGCUCGUACAGCUGACCGGAGAUCUGGGCCAGCGUCUGCAUACGGGACGCAGUCGCAACGAUCAGGUGGUCACCGACAUGAAGCUCUGGCUGCGCAAGGCCAUACGCGAAACGUUGGGCCGCCUCCGGCUGGUGAUCAAGGCAAUUGUCCAGCAGGCCGAAACACAUUUGGGCAUUCUGAUGCCGGGCUAUACGCACCUGCAGCGCGCCCAACCCGUUCAGUUCUCGCAUUGGCUGCUCGCGCACGCCUUUGCCCUGCGCGAGGACUGCCAGCGGCUCGCCGAGCUGCGUGAUCGAUCGAAUGUCCUGCCCUUGGGCAGUGGCGCCCUAGCAGGCAAUCCUUUGGGCAUCGAUCGCCUGUGGCUGGCCGAACGUCUAGGAUUCGCUGGCGUUACGGGCAAUAGCAUGCAUGCCGUGGGCGAUCGCGACUUUGUGGUUGAUUUCAUUUAUUGCUGUUCGAUGGUCAGUCUGCAUCUGUCGCGACUUGCCGAGGAUCUCAUUAUCUAUAGCACUAAGGAAUUUGAUUUCAUCAAAAUCGCUGACAGUUUCUCCAGUGGCAGCAGUUUGAUGCCACAGAAACGCAAUCCAGAUAGCCUGGAACUAAUACGCGGCAUCUCCGGUCUAAUCACGUCCAAUCUGACAGGCAUCAUGAUGACCAUCAAGGGCACACCCUCCACAUAUAAUAAGGAUCUGCAAUUCGACAAGCAAUAUUGCUUCCAGGCCUACGACAAGCUGACGCAAUGCUUAAAUGUCGCUGUGGGUGUGGUUGAAACCAUGCAAGUGCAGCGACAUCAAAUGGAAUCGGCGCUCAGCUCAGACAUGUUGGCCACGGACUGGGCCUACUACCUGGUGCGCAAAGGGAUUCCCUUCCGGCAGGCACAUCAUCACAUCGGCUGCGUCGUCGCCUUGGCAGAGCAACGUGGCGUAGACAUUACGGAGGUGCCGCUGGGCGAGCUGCAGCAGAUAUGCUCAGCGUUCGGAGCCGACAUAGCCAGCGUGGCUGACUAUGGCUACAAUGUGCAGCAGUAUGAUGCAAUCGGUGGCACGUCGACGGCCAGCAUAGUCGAGCAGUUGCGGCUGCUUAAGAAUUUGGACAAAGAAUUGCGACAACAGUCCUAGAACCGAUUCGCUUUAUUUGACUUUGGCUUUGGCUUUCGUUUAGUUAACAAAUUAAAUAUUUUU